AUGCAUACUUUUAUAGACCUGUAUCAUGUCUCCCCUUACUUGCCUUUUCUCAAAGCCAAACAGCCUGCGACUUCGCGGGCGGGCUCCGGCCCGGGGUCUGCCGUGCUGGUGCGGCGCGGAGAAAGCCUGCCGGGCUCCGGGCUGCUGGUGCUGGAGGCCCGGCCGACGCUGCAGGGCUUGCUGGGCGCCGGCACCCGCCUGGCCGUGACUGAACUGCGGAGCGGCAGCGGGGAGAAGAAGGAGCCUCCGCCGCCCCCUCCGCCGCUGGUGUCCGGCUGGGCGCGCCUCGGCGAGCGGUGGGUGAGGGCGAAGCGGAGGCCCCCCGCGCCGUGGGACGCCGGCGAAGGCGCGCGGGCUGCGACUCUCUGGGUGAGCCGCGGCUGCCUGCACAGCUUGGGCCUCUUCCACGGCGAGUGGGUGUCGGUGAGCAGGGAGAUCGAAGAGGAGCAAGACGGCUCCCCAGAGGAUCUGGGGCCUCACUUGGCCACCGUGAGGACUCUAGAGCCCCAGUGGGGCUUCCCUCUUCGGGACACCGGCCCCUGCCGAGCCGCCUCCGAGGAGACCUUUCUGCACCAGAAAGCGCUCGUCCCCCCUGCCUUGGCCUUCAAUUUGUCCUGCGACCCUUUGGAAGGGAGCCUCCUCAAGAUCCAGAGAUAUGGGGAGACUGCUGGAGCAGAAGAGGUGAAAGGAAGUCAGUCCUUGCUGUCUGCACCACCUUUUGCAAAGGAGCUACACAUACAGAUUGUUUCCUCACCAGCCUACAGCACCACAGGAGUCUAUGACCAAAUUCUCUACCAGCACUUUCAAACACCCAGGUUAGUCCAGGUGGAAGAUAUUCUCUGUGUGCCAACUGCAGGACAGCCUGAAUUCUUAGAAGGAAAUUCAGAGAAAUUUUUAAGAUGGCCAGAGCUCUUCUACAAGGUGAAAAAGAUAGUACCAGCAGAAGGAAAAGAACAGAGUGUGGGGUACUUGGCCGACAUCAAGAACACUUCUUUAUUUCUGGGCAGUUCAACAAACAGUCCUGUCCCUUCUUUUCCAUCUCAAAACACCCACAGUUUUUGGAGCAGUUUAUCUCCUGCCGGACUUUGUGAUGUAGUGAAGCAGUUGUGUGACAUUCUUGGACCUUACUUGCACAGUAGGGGGAAUCUGCUAAGUGGAGCUGGGAGCACUCUUCUUUCGGGGCCCAGUGGUGUCGGGAAAAUGACAGUUGUUAGAGCUGCCUGUAGCCGCCUCAAUCUCCAUUUGUUCAAGGUGGACUGUGUUAGUUUGUGUGGGGACACUAGUGGAUCUACAGAAGCAAAGCUGCAUGCUGCCUUCUCACAAGCUGAGCUCUAUAGCCCUUGUAUCCUACUGAUGAAAGAUGUAGAGCUGCUGGGGAGAGAGCGCAAUGGGCUUGGGGAGGACUCCAGAGUAAUCCUUGCCAUAAGGCACCUUCUUCUGGACAGAGAGGCAGACACCAGCAGUUACCCUGUCCUGGCGGUAGGCACAACAUCCAGGCUUGCGGAUGUCCCUGCAGACUUGCAGACAGCUUUCCUUCACGAGGUGAAAAUGGAAGCACCGACUGAAGAGCAGAGGAAGGCCAUGCUGAGCCUGCUAACAGAGGGCCUCCCUCUGGGCAGAGAAGUGAGCCUGAGCAAACUAGCCCGGCAAAGCCCGGGUUUUGUUCUAGGAGAUUUCUGUGCUUUGCUUUCCCAUAGCAGUCGUGCUGCCUGCACCAGGAUCCAGAAUUCAAGUUUCCCAGGUGGACUGAGCAAGGAGGAGGAGCAUGAUUUCUGUGCUGCAGGUUUCCCUCUCCUGGCAGAAGACUUCAGCACUGCACUAGACAAACUGCAUGAGGCCCAUUCACAGGCAUUGGGAGUGCCAAAGAUACCAUCUGUCUUCUGGCAAGAUGUUGGUGGGCUCCAGGAUGUGAAGAAGGAGAUCCUGGACACCAUUCAGCUUCCCCUAGAACACCCAGAACUAUUGUCUUUAGGUCUUCGCCGCUCUGGCCUUCUCCUCUAUGGCCCUCCUGGAACAGGAAAAACGCUGCUAGCUAAAGCUGUAGCAACUGAGUGCACCAUGACAUUCCUUAGUGUGAAGGGACCAGAGCUCAUUAACAUGUAUGUUGGGCAGAGUGAAGAGAAUGUGCGUGAAGUGUUCGUCAGAGCCCGGGCAGCUGCUCCUUGCAUUAUCUUUUUUGAUGAGCUUGAUUCCUUGGCCCCCAGUCGUGGCCGGAGUGGUGAUUCAGGGGGUGUUAUGGAUAGGAUUGUGUCUCAACUACUAGCAGAGCUUGAUGGACUUCAUUCUUCCCAAGAUGUUUUUGUUAUUGGAGCUACAAACAGACCUGAUCUUCUGGACCCGGCACUGCUCCGGCCAGGCAGAUUUGAUAAGCUGGUCUAUGUAGGUCUCAACGAAGACCGAGACUCUCAGCUACGGGUACUAAAUGCCAUCACCAGGAAGUUUAAGCUAGACCCUUCAGUGAACCUCCUGAGUGUCCUUGAUAAAUGUCCUGCACAACUAACAGGAGCAGAUUUGUAUGCACUUUGCUCAGAUGCCAUGAUGAUUGCUAUCAAAAGGAAAGUGGAGUGGAUAGAGGAAGGACUUGAUACAGAGAGCUCAGAGCUUCUACUGACCAUGGAGGACUUUGUACAAGCGGCCACAAAGUUGCAGCCUUCAGUUUCCGAACCAGAACUGCUUAGAUACAAACUGAUCCGGCAGAGAUUUACUGCUUGAUAAACAUCCAAUGGGAAAGCAAGGAGUAUAUUCAAAUGGAACUGUCCAAUCACAAGGAACCUGGAAGAAUUUGCCAUGGGAGCACCCUGUUGGAAAUGGGGGGGGUGGGGCGAGUGUUGUAAUCAUGAUCUUGUUCAUGUUGGUGACCUAAUCAAUGAGAGAGGUAAUGUGAUCUAGUCAUGGAACUGGUCGGAUUGUAGUUUAGCUGAAUACAUACUACUGCAAGCUGGUCCUCUUCUAUG